AAAGAUAGCAGAUACUAACGCACCAGUCCGCAAAUAGAUGGCCCCACCAGGGGUGGCGAGGAAGGUAUCCUCAAUAAAUCGGGUUCUACGAAAUUUGGCUUCGCAAAAAGAGCAGCAAGCACAACAACAAAACGAAUCGGUAUACGAGAAGUUACGUAUGUUUAAUGGACAAUCAGGAGGCUGGGCUUGGUACCCCAGUAAUACAACACCGGCACACCUGGCCUUGCCACCUACGCCGACAGCUACGAAUUUAACGGGGCAAAUAGUCCGCGAUGAUUUACCAAAACGCGGUAAGUAUGCUUACAUUAAGCCUUACACUUAA